CGGGCUGCCUUCGUAACAAUGGAGAAAAUGGCGGAAUAAGGAGAGGUCUGGGCGGAGGAGCCGGAAUAGAGCGGAUACCGGAGCAAGAGGGCUCUCCUUAAGAUAGUUUCAUCUUUACAUCCACCAGUCAACAUGGAAAGUACCGAUUCACCUGGGAAAGGAAGUUCUGAACAGUCCGAUUCUCAACGCCAGAGUCAGAUGGACCGCCUGGACCGAGAGGAAGCUUUCUAUCAGUUUGUGAAUAACCUGAACGAAGAGGACUACCGGUUAAUGAGGGAUAAUAAUUUAUUAGGAACUCCAGGGGAAAUUACUAAAGAGGAGCUUCUGAGAAGAUUGCAACAAAUCAAAGAAGGACCACCUCAACCGAAUGCUGAAAACGAAGCUUCUACAGGGGGGACACCUGAGGACUCUUCCAAUGGAGAUUCAAUAAUCGACUGGUUGAAUUCGGUUAGACAGACUGGAAAUACAACAAGAAGUGGUCAGCGGGGCAACCAGUCUUGGAGGGCAGUGAGCAGAACCAAUCCAAAUAGUGGUGAUUUUAGGUUUAGUUUGGAAAUAAAUGUGAAUCGUAAUGCCGCUAAUCAGAAUAUGCCUUCAGCUGAGCAGUCAUCAGAAACCAAUGGAGCUGAAGAUAUGGAAGUCAGUAGUCAGGUUGAGGGUGAACCUGAGCCAGAACCUGAACCAGAACCAGAACCUGAACCUGAACCAGAGCCAGAGCCUGAACCUGAACCAGAGCCUGAACCAGAACCUGAACCUGAAAUUAUACCCCCUGUUAUGGUACAAGAGCAAGUAGUUACUGAGGAGCCAAGUCCUCAGAGAGGUCAAAGGAGGGCAAGAAGUCGAAGCCCAGACCAGCGAAGGAUCAGGGCAAGGACUGAUCGAAGCAGAUCACCUCUAAAUCGACCUGUGGAGCAACCAACUCGAAGGGCUCAACAUAGUCCAGUACAGACUGUUAAUGCUCCUCCUGCUGUUGAGGAAGCAGAGGGUAGCUCUAGAACCAGGCAGCUUGUAACUGCAUACCUGAGCAGUUCUACUUCUGAGGCGGAGGGAAGCUCUAGAACUAGACAGCAUGUAACUUCCAGACUACAAGCACUUGCUACCGAAUCUCAGAAUCCCAGUGUAGUGCUUUCAAAUCCAGAGCCAGGAGCUUCUCCCCAGCCUCCUCCCACAGAGACUCCAGAAAAUGCAGAACCUACAGGCACUGGUCAAAGGCCACCAACCAUAGUUUUAGAUCUUCAGGUUAGGCGGGUACGUCCAGGGGAGUAUCGUCAAAGAGAUAGCAUUGCAAACAGGACACGCUCGCGCUCUCAGACCCCUAACAAUACAGUCACUUACGAGAGUGAACGGGGAGGAUUCCGUCGCACGUUCUCACGGUCAGAGCGAGCUGGUGUCAGGACAUAUGUCAGUACUAUCAGAAUCCCAAUCCGUAGGAUACUAAACACAGGCCUGAGUGAAACCACCUCUGUUGCUAUCCAGACCAUGCUACGGCAGAUAAUGACUGGUUUUGGGGAGCUAAGCUACUUUAUGUAUAGUGAUAACGAUGCAGAGCCUGGCACUCCUGCAGCUGCCUCUCAACCAAUAGCCGUGGGGGUGGAAACCCAGAACAUUGUUACACCAAAUGCCAGUCCACCUCCUCCACCACCACCGCCGCCACCACCACCACCACCACCACCACCGCCGCCUGUACCUGAGCCUCCUGUAGAACCACCCAUCCCUGUUGUGGAACCUGACGAUGCCAACGCAGAAAUUGUGUCAACUUCUGGGGGUAGGAGGGAAGUUCGUAACAGAAGAUCUGUCACCUUCGAAGAAAGUGGAUCUCUGCCAUUUCUUAGGCUGGCUCAGUUUUUUUUGCUUAAUGAAGAUGAUGAUGAUCAACCAAGGGGACUCACCAAAGAACAAAUUGACAACCUGUCAACUCGUAAUUAUGGUGAAAAUGAUGCCCUGAAAACUUGUAGCGUGUGCAUAACAGAGUACGCAGAGGGGAACAAGCUCCGCAAGCUCCCUUGUUCACAUGAGUACCACGUCCACUGUAUUGAUCGCUGGCUGUCUGAAAACUCUACUUGUCCAAUCUGUCGCCGAGCUGUUCUGGUGCCUAGCAACAGGGAAAGUGUGGUGUAAACAGGUUGCUAUGAACUGUCUACUAAGCAGCUACCGUUUUAGGCCCGGAGAAGGAGAAAAAGAUGCUUUUUAUGACCACUUUUUGAGUGGUGCUUAAAGUAGGAUUUUUGGCUUUUUGAGUGAGUUGUCAUGUUGAGAUGAAACAUUUCUAUUUCUCCUCCCUCACAAAAUCUCAAUGAUUCAAAACCUGUUAAGAAAUGUGGUCCAUGAGAAAAAGUAACUUUCUAAAAAAAAUAUUCCAUUUCACUACGGUCAAAACAUCUACUUUGCAAGGACAGCAUUCCUUACAUCCCCUGCUGAACCUUACACGCUCAGUGCUGGUAUGAUCCCUAUGAAGAUCACCUCAGUACUUGGUAACAAGACUUUUCAAGCGGGAUCAUUGUGAGAAUCACUUGUGUUUUAAGUCAAGGUUUAAUUACAGGGGUAUCCUUAAAUAUACGCAGUGGUACAUUUUAUGCUUAUUGUCAUUGCUUACAGUUUUUUUUUUUUUUUUUUUUUUUUUUUUUUUAUUUGUAUGACAAUUUGUGAUGAUUAGACUUCCUUAAAUUCUCUGGCCAUAGGAGGGCCUUGCCAGUGUAGCACAUACUUGUAUAUAGGCACCAGUUAAUUGCUCACAUUGUGCUUUUCUCGGUUCUAAUGGCAUUAUGCAUGCAUUUAACCUAUAAGAGAUACCUUCUAACUGCAGGGUAUUAGCCCCACACCCACCUGUUAUCCAACCAGUGAAGCUUGGAGCUUCCUCAGUUUCAAAGUUCAUCUGAU